GCCACCCUCCCAAUGCUCGCCCAAGUUGUCACCAAGCCCGGAGCCCUGCGGGGAUGUCCCCGAGGCGCAGCCGCGCGGUGUCGCCGGCUCGGCGGGGCUGCCGGCGCUGUCCCCUCGGCUGUCCCCUCGGCUGUCCCCUCGGCUGUCCCCUCGGCUCCCCGGCCCUUUAACCAGAUGCCGGGCGAGUGGCGAGCGGGCUGGCUCAACCUGUACCGCUUCUGGCAGGAGGGCGGCCUCAGCAGGCUGCACCUCAGCAUGGCGCGCAAGUUCCGCCGCUUCGGACCCAUCUACAGGGAGAAGCUGGGUGUCUACGAGAGCGUGAACAUCAUCAGCCCCGGGGACGCGGCCACGCUCUUCCAGGCCGAGGGGGCCCUGCCCGAGCGCUUCCGCAUCCCCCCGUGGGUGGCCUACCGCGACUUCCGCAACAAACCCUACGGGGUGCUGCUCAAGACGGGCGAGGCGUGGCGCUCGGACCGGCUGCUGCUCAACAAGGAGGCGCUGGCCCCCGAGGCCGUGGCCGCCUUCGUGCCCCUGCUCAGCGCCGUGGGCGAGGACUUCGUGCGGCGCGCGCGGGCCCAGGCGCGGCAGAGCGGCCGCGACUGCUGGACCGGCGACUUCAGCCACGAGCUGUUCCGCUUCGCCCUCGAGUCGGUGUGCCACGUGCUGUACGGGGAGCGCCUGGGGCUGCUGCAGGAUUUCGUGCAGCCCGAGGCGCAGCAGUUCAUCGAGGCCGUGUCGCGCAUGUUCCACACCACGGCGCCCAUGCUGUACCUGCCGCCCGCGCUGCUGCAGCGCCUGCGCAGCCGCACCUGGCGCGAGCACGUGCGCGCCUGGGACGCCAUCUUCUGCCAGGCGGACAAGUGCAUCCAGAACGUGUACCGGGACCUGCGGCUGCGGCGCAAGAGCAGCCACGAGUACAUGGGCAUCCUGGGCAACCUCAUCCUGCGCGACAAGCUGCCCCUGGACGACAUCCGCGCCAGCGUCACCGAGAUGAUGGCCGGAGGGGUGGACACGACGUCCAUGACACUGCAGUGGGCCAUGCUGGAGCUGGCGCGGGCCCCGGGCGUGCAGGAGCAGCUGCGGGCCGAGGUCCUGGCGGCCAAGCGCGAGGCGGGCGGAGACCGCGAGAAGAUGCUGAAAUCCACGCGGCUGCUCAAGGCCGCCAUCAAGGAGACGCUCAGGCUGCACCCGGUGGCCGUGACCCUGCAGAGGUACACCACGCACGAGGUCAUCCUGCAGGACUACCGCAUCCCGCCCGGGACGCUGGUGCAGGUGGGGCUGUACGCCAUGGGCCGCGACCCCGGCGUGUUCCCGCGGCCCGAGCGCUUCCGCCCGCAGCGCUGGCUCGCCGCCGGCCCCAAGCCCUUCCUGGGGCUCGGCUUCGGCUUCGGGCCGCGCCAGUGCCUGGGCCGCCGCAUCGCCGAGCUGGAGAUGCAGCUCUUCCUCAUGCACAUCCUGGAGAACUUCAAGAUCGAGACCAUGCGAGCCGUGGAGAUCGGCACCAAGUUCGACCUCAUCCUGAUCCCGGACCAGCCCAUCCAGCUGACCCUGCGGCCCCUCGAGGGCCAGCCCUGAGGAGCCCCUCCCCGGGGACACCCCCACAUCCCGGCGGCCCCGCGGUGGCACUUGGGGACAGCGGGGACGCUCUCAGGGCCGCGGCCUCGGCUCAAGGCUGCACUUACGCCACGCGGGAGAUAAAGCGGGGCCGCCCCGCGGGGAGGGGGAUGGGGUGGGGUUGGGGGGUCCCCUCUGGCUCCCCGGGGGUCCCACCGAGCUCCCCUGACCCUCUGGAAUGUUCUGGACCCUCUGGAAUGUUCUGGAAUGUUCUGCUUGGCCUCCACUCCAUGGGAAAGCGGCUCC